AUGCAAGCUCAUGCUCUAGUAACGCUUCAUCUAUAUGACUCUUUUUCACAUGGUGUCCUUAACUUUCUUAAUUCAGGUGUCACUCUACUCCAGUGCGCAGAUAUUGCUGUCGCCUUCGCACAGGCACAGAAUCAAGCUGCUCGACAGCGACAGCAAAUACGUUCUGUUGGUCUAUCGCACCGUACCGCAGCACCCACCCCGCCUAGCUGGGCUCUCAAUCUGCUCAGCAUACGCAAUAACUCCGCUGGCACCAGUGUCACCUCUUUGGGAUCACCAGAUGCUGGUAUUUUUCUUCUGCUGGCACGGUGGAUCAAGGGACGCACGUAUGUUGUAUCUGCGGACUCCGAUUCCACGCUUGAUCCGCAGCCCGGCUACACCUGUCAUUUACCAGCCUGGUCCCGGUUUGAUACCCUUGAUCCUGCAUCUAUCAGUCUAUCGGACAUUUUUCAAAAGACUCAGGUAGAUAGCCCUUAA